AUGCCGCAGCUGGACUCGGGCGGGGGCAGUGCGGGCGGCGGGGACGACCUCGGCGCGCCCGACGAGCUGCUGGCCUUCCAGGACGAGGGCGAGGAGCAGGACAAGAGCCGCGACAGCGCCGCGGGCCCCGAGCGCGACUUGGCAGAGCUCAAGUCGUCGCUCGUCAACGAAUCCGAGGGCGCGGCUGGCGGCGCCGGGGUCCCGGGGGCCGGCGCCGAGGCCGAGGUUCGGGCUGAGGCACUCGGGCGGGAACACGCUUCGCAGAGGCAUUUCCCCGACAAACUUUCAGAGUCCCUGGAGGACGGCCUGAAGGCCCCUGAGUGUGCUAGCGGCAUGUACAAAGAGACGGUCUACUCAGCCUUCAAUCUGCUUAUGCACUACCCACCCCCCUCUGGAGCAGGGCAGCACCCCCAGCCGCAACCCCAACUGCACAACAAGGCCAGUCAGCCCCCUCACGGCGUCCCCCAACUCUCUCCUCUCUACGAACAUUUCAGCAGCCCACACCCCACACCUGCGCCUGCCGACAUCAGCCAGAAGCAAGUUCACAGGCCCUUGCAGACCCCUGACCUCUCUGGCUUCUACUCUCUGACCUCAGGGAGCAUGGGACAGCUUCCCCACACUGUGAGCUGGUUCACCCACCCAUCCCUGAUGCUAGGCUCUGGCGUACCUGGCCACCCCGCAGCCAUCCCCCACCCGGCCAUUGUGCCCCCCUCAGGGAAGCAGGAGCUGCAGCCCUAUGACCGCAGCCUGAAGACCCAGGCAGAGGCCAAGGUGGAGAAGGAGGUCAAGAAGCCAACCAUCAAGAAGCCACUCAACGCCUUUAUGCUGUACAUGAAGGAGAUGAGGGCCAAGGUCAUUGCAGAAUGCACACUCAAGGAAAGUGCUGCCAUCAACCAGAUCCUGGGACGCAGGUGGCACGCACUUUCACGGGAAGAGCAAGCCAAGUAUUAUGAGCUAGCCCGCAAAGAGAGGCAGCUGCACAUGCAACUCUACCCAGGCUGGUCGGCGCGAGACAACUAUGGAAAGAAGAAGAGGCGCUCAAGGGAAAAGCACCAAGAAUCCAACACAGACCCUGGCUCGCCUAAGAAAUGCCGUGCCCGCUUUGGCCUCAACCAGCAGACGGAUUGGUGUGGUCCGUGCAGGAGGAAAAAGAAAUGCAUUCGGUACUUACCCGGAGAAGGCCGCUGCCCCAGCCCAGUUCCUUCCGAUGACAGUGCUCUAGGCUGCCCCAGGUCCCCAGCCCCCCAGGACUCGCCCUCAUACCUCCUGCUGCCCCACUUCCCCACAGAACUGCUUGCUAGCCCUGCGGAGCGGCGCCUACAUCACCAAGUCUCUCCGCUGCUCUCAGCCUCCCGGCCCACUGGCCCCCACAGUGCCCCCACAGCACCCUGAAGAGUACACAGGUACAGUAACAGGAAUCUCAGAGACAGGCAGCCUAGCAGGCCCAGGGCACUUGGCCUCCUCCAGGUGCCCACCCCCUGA